GGUACGCGCACUUAGGCUGGUCCAUAAACAGCGCGAAUCAUAGUUUCUUGCUAUUGCAUUAGUUCAAUUUUCACAAUAAGCGAUUAUUUCAUUUACGAGGUCAAUGACUUAUUACAAAUCGAUCACAAACAAUAACCGACGACCAUAGAAAAAUAACAGACAAGUUAGAAAAAAGUAGAGACUAAUGUACUUCAAUGUAAUGAUCAACGAAAGGAAAACGUACUAAAAUUUGAUCGCCUCUCCCGUGCCUAUUCUAUGAAUCAGAAAUUGGUUCUGCAGAAUCAAGCAAUGUGAUGAAAAUUGUAGACAACAUGGUCAGAAAAAGUGGACAAAUGUGUUUCAGAAUGACCUAAUUUUGCUGAUUACCUUUUAUAUUACAAAAUAGGACUGUUUCACUGUAAUUUGAGUGAUGGAUGACAUACAAUCUCUCAAAGAUGAGAUAGAUAAAAGGGUUCAUUUUAUCAACACAUAUGUUGCAUUGGGAGAAAGUCACAUGGUUGAUUUUUUUGUUCAAAAUCAUUGGAACACAUUAGUGCACCCCGAUGCUCAAUCUCAACUGUUGCAAUUUGAUGAAGAUGAUUUAUACUCAGUGAAAAACAUAAUGCAAAUGGGUAUGUUUCGUGACACAUCACAGCAAGGGCCUGAUACACAUACUAUUCAAAAUUUGAAGGAAUAUUUUAGCCGAGCAAAAUCAUGUGCAAUUGAUAAUUCCACAUUUUGCAUGGAUACAAAUAGUGUUGAAAGGAAACUGAAGGAACUUGCUGUUGAUUGUGAAAGCAGAAAUGGAGAUGUGAGUGUUGUUAACCAAUUGGUUAGUGCAAAUGAAUAUAUGUGUAAUAAAAAAUCUCAUGAAGUAGAGGAGAUGUCUCACCUAGUACAGAAGACAUGUCAAAAACUUGGGAUUAAAGAUGUUUUGGAUAUGGGAUCAGGAAAAGGGUAUCUGGGAACUCACUUAUCAUUGAAAUAUGACUUGAAUGUUGUGGGUGUUGACUGCUCCGAGGCCAAUUCUGUAAAUGCUUCAUCCAGAGCUGGGAAAUUUUUAAAAUAUUGGAAUGCGCAUUUAAAAAAUAAAAGUGACAAACAGUUUGAAACAAGAGACAUGAAAUAUCAACCUGUAACUGCUCUGGUUCAUGCUGAUAGUGAUAUAAACUUUCUUUUUGUCAAUGAUAAUGAAGAAAAUAGCAAUUCAAUUUUACAUAAACAGUUAAUGCUUACUGGACUACACAUCUGUGGUGACCUAUCAUCAACCGCUUUGAGGAUGUUCGUGAGCAAAAAGCAAAUAAAAGCUGCCUGUUUACUAGGAUGUUGUUACCAUCAUCUGACAAGUAAAUCCACUGGAAAAGAAUAUGGAUUUCCAAUGAGCAAAUACCUGCAAAAAAUGGACUUCUCGCUGGGAAGAAAUUCAAAGAUGCUGGGACUAAAAGCACUCGAUAGAAUGCAAGAUGCUGAUAUUGCGGCCACUGAAAAGAAAUCUACAAGAUCCCUGUUUUACCGUGCAGUACUUUCGGUUAUAUUGGAAAGGGAAUUUCAAUUCGGCUCUGGAUUGAAAGAUCUCCGAGUAGGAAAAGUAUAUUCAAAAUCGAAGAACUUUAUAGAUUAUGUAAGAAGAAGUCUAUCAAAACUGUCCUAUCCAGAUGAAACUAGUAAAAUCCUAAGUGAUGAUGCGAUUACUUCUUAUAUGAAUGAAAUGGAAAAUUACAGGAAAACUCUUUUAGCAUUUAAUGCAUUACGUGAAGCCUUCAGCCCUGCUGUUGAAGCCAUAAUUUUACUGGACAAAUUAUUGUAUUUGAGGGAACAUGAAAUCCCACACAGUUAUUUGGUUAAACUUUUUGAUCCUGUGAAAUCUCCACGAUGCUAUGCACUUGUGAGUAUUAAAUCAAAAGAUUAAUUUUAUACGAAUGGUUUUACAAUUUUUAAUAUAAUAAACAUAAUUUUAAUUUUGUA